GACUUUAAUGACAUUUAUUAAAACUGGUAAAAGUGACCGUUACAAUCAUAAUAAUUUAUUCAAGAAAUCAUUAAUAUAAUAUUUAGUUUUAUUACGUUUUUUACUAUAUUUAAGUAAUAAUUAUAAUGGAUACGAGUAAAGUAUCUUCUCUUGAAGAAUUGAAAGAUCUAGAUAUGGAUUUUAUUAAUGAUAUCGGCUGGGCAAAAGUUAUGUGGGAUUCACUACAGGCUUGUUUGAAAAAAUCUUUCUUAAAUUGGGUAGAUACAGUUUUAACCAUGAGCCAAAAUGAAGAUGAUGUUAAAGAAUGGAGAUCAACGUUUAUGGAACAAUUUGAAGACAGAUGUUAUGAGUUAGUUACGGACAUAAGAGAAUUACAUGAACAAGUUCUCGUAAAUAUUGAGAAAUAUCUCAACAAAACACAAGUUUUGUGUAAAAUGCUUCAGGCGGAUAUGCCAGUUAUUGGACAACAUAAAUUAGGAUUAUACCAAGAACAGUUUCAACUUAAAAGGCAAAUGAGAGAAUUAGAACAAAUGGUCGAAGCUAGAACGUCAGAAGUUAAUCAGUUACGUUCUAAACAGCUGGAGUUGUGUAAAAACCUUGGUAGAGAACCUAUACUCAUAAAAGACCACCCGUUACCGUCUUUAAAUGAAAUCUCAGACUUGAAAAAGCACAUUGAACAAUUGGAGCAAGAAACCUUCGACAGAUUAGAAAAAUUCACGACUGUUAAAGGAGAACUCAUAGAAAUAAUCAAUCUACUUGGUUACACUCCUUCUACACAAUUUGAACUCGCCGUUAUAACCGGAGAAGAAAGUGAUUUCAAGAUCACUGAAGAAAACAUGGAAUCGCUAGAUUUAUUCCUCUAUAAUAUGAAGAAGGAAUUGAAUAAUGUCAAAGAAGAAAUUUAUCAGUUGAGGACCAAAAUAGAACAACUUUGGAAUAUGUUGGAUGUCGAUUUUGUCGAAAGGGAAGAGUUUCGAAAAAAAUAUGUUGGAGAUUCACUAAAUACCUUAGAAGCCUUAAGAUUGGAAUUGAAAAGAUGCGAAUCUUUAAAAAGGGCAAAUAUCAAGGUAUUUGUCGAUAGACUCCGUCAAGAAUUAGUGGAAAUAUGGAAAUUAUGUCAUUGCUCCGAAUCUGUUAGAUACGAGUUUCGUUUUUUCGAUUCAGAUACUUAUACCGAAGAUCUCCUAGAAUUGCACGAAGUGCAACUGAAAAAAUGGAAAAUUUAUGCUGAAGAGAACAAAGACAUCAUUGCUUUAUUAAAUAAACAUCACACGUUAUGGGAUAAAAUGAUUGAAUUAGAACAGAACGCAACAGGAGCUGACCGUUAUAAUAACCGGGGUGGUAAACUGUUGAAAGAAGAAAAAGAAAGGAAUCUUUUAUCUAAACAGAUACCGAAAAUUGAAGCGAAUCUAUUAGAUUUAGCCGAAAGAUACCAACUCAGAUAUGGUGUACCUUUUCUUACCUUCGGUAAUACCAUAGAGAGUUAUAUCAAUAAUUUACAUGCCAACAGAGAAAACGCGAAAAAAUUGAAGUUGAGCGCCAGAAAACUCCAGAAAGAAGCAACAGCCAUCAAUCCGAGUACAAGUCACAUGACAUCGAAAAGAAUCCUCACAGAUUGUCCUUCGACCGAUCCAAAAAAAUAUAAAUAUACUCCUCGAAAAGUUUUUACAGAACCUAAAAAGAAUCCAAAACAAUUGCAGGUGCCUAAAAUUUUAUUAACAACAUUGAGUAAAUCUAAACGUUUAUCUGUUGAAAGGAAGAAACGUUUGGAUAAAAUUCGACGAUUAAGCAGGCAAAAGGAGACGCGUGACAGUUCGACGUACAUCGAAUUUCAGAAUGAUUUGUCAAAUCGAGUAGAUUUACGUAGCACUAUAAACGUGGCGGUGGAUAACGAGACUGUCGUUAAAGAAAAUUUUAAAUCUCCCGCUCGACAAAGGGGAACAACACCGAAAAGUGUGGGAAAAAAAUCUCCGAAUCUGCCCAAUAAACUGACAGCUGUCAAAAGUCAAAUCAAAUUGAUUUUCUAAUAGAUUUAUAUUUUUGCUUCUUAGUUAUUUUAUAAAAAUCAUUAACGAGUUUAUUUAUAUAUGUUAAUAUUUUAUUUUUAAUCCACGGGACUCGUUUUUGUUUUUUUAAAAAAAUGAUUGAUUUUUUUUUUAAAUCGAUUUCAAAAUUUUCAUUCAUCAAUGUAAAUGGUAUUUGUGUAAUCAAUUAAUGUUGUUAUGUCUUCAUUUAUCCAUAUUUUCACCUCAUCCUGGUUUCGGAUGAAAUUCCAACUUGAAUCCGUUCCUUUGUCUCUUUUCGUACAUAAUUUGACAUUCUAUUUUCCUUUGCAAUUUCAACUCGAAUCCUUCCAUUUUUAUUUCUUGAUUCAUAUUUUGAUCCCAUCCCUUUUUUAAUUGCAGUUGUAAGCUUGAUCCUUUCCUUUUGCCCUUUUUGUCAUGAGAAUUUCCUGCUUCAUGUUGCAAUUUUUGCUGUGAUUUUGUUAUUUAAUCUUUUUUUGAACAUAUUUUGACCAAAUCUUUUCUUUUUAUAUAUUUUUUUGGUAAAUUUUUUUAUCAAAUCGUUUCUUUUAUUAUUUUUUUGUUACAUAUUUUGUUGCAAUCCUUUCUGGUCCCUUUUCGUACAUAUUUUGAUCCCAUCCUUUUUUUAAUUACAGUUGUAAACUUGAUCCUUUCCUUUUGCCCUUUUUGGACACAUUUCGACCUCAUCCUGUGUCCGGUUACAAUACCAACUUGAAUCCUUCCAUUCUGUCUUUUUUAUCAUGAGAAUUUCCUGCUUCAUGUUGCAAUUCUUGCUGUGAUUUUGUUAUUUAAUCUUUUUUUAAACAUAUUUUGACCAAAUCUUUUGUUUUUGUAUAUUCUUUUGGUAAAUUUUUGAUCAAAUCGUUUCUUUUAUUAUUUUUUUGUUACAUAUUUUGUCUCAAUCCUUUCCUUUUGUCUCUUUUGGUACACAUUUUGACCUCAUCCUGUUUCCGGUUGCAAUUCAAACUUGAAUCCGUUCCUCUUGCCUCUUUUCGAACAUAUUUUGACCUCAUUCUAUUUUCCUUUGCAAUUUUAACUCAAAUCCUUCCAUUUUGUUUUUCUUGAUACAUUUUUUGAUUACAUUCUUUUUUCAAUUGUAGUUGUAACCUCGAUUUUGUCUUUUGCCCUUCACACACAUUUUGACUCAUGUCGCACUGCUUGCUGUGAUUUUGUUAUUUUUUAAACAGAUUUUGACCAAAUCUUUUGUUUUUGUAUAUUUUUUUGGUAAAUUUUUGAUCAAAUAGUUUCCUUUGUCUCUUGUGGUACACAUUUUGACCCUAUCUUGUUUCUGGUUGCAAUUCCAACUUUAAUCCUUCAAUCUUGUCUUUUUUAAAGCAUUUUUUGACCUCAUUCUACUUCUCGUUGCAAUUUUUACUUGAAUCCUUCCAUUUGCUCUUUCUCAAUACAUAUUUUAAUCCCACCCUUUUCCCAAUUGCAGUUGUAACUUCGGCUUUUUCCAUAUUUAUAUCAUUUUUUCAGUUGCCGCUUCUACUUUUCCCACAAUUCCAAUUUUUGACUUCAAUUUUCUCCUAUUUAAGUAAUUUUCCCAGUUUUUGCUUCCACUCUAUCCAAAUUUCAUCAUUUAUUUUGGCUCCUUUCAUAUUUUCAUUAAUUUCAUCUAGUUUCCGCUUCCACUUCUCCCACAUUUCCAAAAUUUUGACUUUAGUCCCUUAUCUCAAUAAUUUUCUCAGUUAUUAUGUAUAACAUCAAUUACAAUAUAUAAUUUUGACUGAUUUCGCAAUUUUAGAUAGUUUUUUUAAAAAGAAUUGAGUCCUGCAUGACAAUCUGUACAGUAUUUUUUUUAAUAUUAUACUUAUUAUUUUUUUUAUAAUAAACUCAUAUUUUAUUUUUUAUUUUUAACAGGUGCGUAUUUAAGAAAAAAAAGGUAACGGUACUUAACUUACUAACAAAUUAGCAUUAAAUCUGUGAUAAAUUUUCAAAUAAAAAAAAUAAAAAUUUCGCAUAGCAAA